AUGCUCGCGGCUCAUCGGGAUCAGGAGAAUUUGGUGCACGCGCACCAGUCUUCCGCAAAACAGCAACCAAAGACGCCAGGCCCAAAAUACCCGAAAACUCCUCUGGGGCGAUUUGCAAGAAACGAUGAGAACGUGCCGACAGCUUUUGCAAACAAGAGCUUCGGAGCUGGUACGAUCAAGAAUACGGCAAAUGGCAAAGCCAUGGCAAAGCCAGCCACCCAGAAGCACGCUUUGGCGACUCCUUUAGGGAACAAUUCGAGAGCUCCGCUUGGCAAUAAAACAACAAACGCGAAAGCCAGGCCGAACCAAUCGGCUAAUGGCAAGGUGAAGCCAAUCGAGUCUUCCCAAUCGAAGCCUGGCGCCCAGCGACCCAAAGUACGACAGCAUGAACCCGCGGCUUCAAAGUUUGAAGUGCAGCCCGAUUUAGAGGAUAGAAGGGACGAACAAGAACCAGAGUACGCCCCUCCGGCCCCUACUCCUUUACCAUACCGAUCAGACGUGCUUCCCGAAGGGGGCCUGACGUUUCGAGGGUUGAGCAAGGAGUAUUUGCUGAAGGGCUAUUACGAGAACUUUUACAAUCCCAUCGAUGAUAAUGGUGUCUCACGCCUGGACAAGGCGUUUGACGACGAAAUGAAGUCGGCACUGGAUAAGGCUGUUGAACAAAAUGAUCGCGAAUUCGAGGCUCUUGACUGGGGCGUACAUGAUGCUCGGGAAACCAAAGUCCCAUUCCCUUCAAGGCAAGCGCUUCAGAUUCCAGGGUUGAAGGCCGACGCCCAAAGGCCAAAGGCGGCUGCUCCCAGUGAUCGCAAGCUGCACACAAUGAGCUCUCGCAGGGCCGCAUCUGCUCUGGCCAUCCACUCUGACAGAGCUGGAAGCACGUUGUCGUCACGAGUGGCGCCCUCGGGACGACCUUCAGCUCAGCCUAGAACAGCCAAGUUAUCAGCUAUAGAGCCGCCCGGUACGACGACUGGUGAAGCAGCGUCACGUACUACUAUUGGCUAUAGUAAGGGCAGAACUGCAUCCUCUAUGAUGCGCCCCCACCACCAAGCCAGCAAGAGCCUCAGCAAGCCGCCGGCUCGCCAGGUUUCGGACAAAAAUUGGGAUCUCACGAUUACCCCUGCUCGUGCCCGCCUAGGCGCGCGCGAGCACAGCCCGGUGAAGAGUACCGAGCGUCCACAGUUCACUUCCAUCUUCUACGACGAUGGGGAUGAUGCGGAGCCUGUGACUCUCAGUGGUCCAGAAGUCGAUUCUGAUGACGACGAGGCGUUCGAGUUGAAGCUAGAUUUUUAA